AUGAAGGUCUUCGUUCUCGCCUCCGCCCUUACUGGCCUGGCUUCGGCCGCCCCCUCAGCCCUCGCCAGCGUCUACUACGAGCAGUGGUGGGACCCGGGCUGCAACGGCCGAGCUCUGCUCGGAGGCACCCUGACCCAGGGCUUCUGCACUGUCGUCGAAGACUUCCCUGGGCAAAGUGUCAAGCUCACCCUGAACAACCCAUGCCCUGCCGGCACCACGCCUCAGGUUACAGUUUCAAGCUCUAAUGACUGCGACAAUGGGCCGGUUGACUGGACGUUUGGUGCGACGGGCGAGUGUAUCGAUGUGUCUAUCCAGCCAUCUGCGAUUCACUUGAACUGUGUUUAG